AGAUCGGCUAAUGCGCGGUGCGGAAGUUGCCGAAGGCCGCCCGGCGCCUCGUCUCCCCGAUCAGCUGAGCCGGGAACAUGGCGGCGCCGACGCAGGAUCUCCCUCCCAAAGGGGGCUAUGAAGCCAUCAAUUUCAAGAGAAUUCCUGCGAGAACUCUUUUCUCGGGGCGUCAGAUAUUUGCUGGCUUCUCUCUCAUGACUGCAGUGGCUGGGUACCUCUAUUUCCGCACAUACAAAAAGAUCAGGAUUGAAGAGGUUGAGAUGAGGAGUGCCACCUUAGCACUGGAGCCUCUCCUCCUAGCUGAGAGAGACAGGGAGUUCCUGAAGCAGCUUCGAAGGAAUAGAGAUGAGGAGGAAAAGCUCAUGGCUGGUGUUGAAGGCUGGGAAGUUGGCAAGCAUUAUGGGGAGCCCAUUUACAAGACUGUCCCCAGUGACCGCUUCAUCGACCCCAUCGUGCAGGAGUACUAUGCCCACGGCCCCACCCGUUCCUUCACACGACAUUCACUCUUCUCCCUCUGGUCAUAAUCCUUCAUUUGGGAUAGCCUGUCAUUGAGAUACUGAUGGGGGGGGAACUUGAUGUGACCAUUUUAUUUAUGUAUUCUCAGUUUUAUAAAUCUUGUAAAUAUGGUAAAUAGUACAGAGCACGUGAGGAUAUACCUGUGAAAUAUGUUGUUUAUGAUUAAACUGGCAAUUUUCAUGAACUCUGUAGUUCAUAGUAAAUGUUGAAAUCUAA